AUGUUUGGUGCUGUUCGUCGAUUCGGUGUCUCCCAGGCACUGCGCGCCUCUGCGCCGCGUACUCUGUCAUCCCGAUGGGCCCCCCAAUUACUCAAAUGGCAGGCCCCGGCUACUCGCUCCCCUGUUCUGAUCAGAUCUUUUCAAACUUCUUACCCUGCGUUGAACGCGGCUACCGCGGAGGCUUCUGAAGCCCCUGCUGUGGAACAAGAAUUGAUUACCGAAUUUGCCGAUUUGCAGACAAAGGGGUUUAUUGAUGCAUCGAUUGUUCGCAACAUUAUCAGCCCUGAACGCAUGGGCUUGAAGACCAUGACUGAGGUGCAGAGCCAGUCUCUUCACCACAUGCUUCAAGGUGGCGAUGUUCUGGCUCAGGCCAAGACCGGAACUGGCAAGACGCUUGCUUUCCUCCUUCCGACGAUGCAAAACAUCCUCAGUGACCCUACUCUCAACACCAAGCAAGACCUCGGCCGUCGUGGACAGGCCAGUGCUGCCGACAUUCGUGCUCUCAUCAUUUCUCCUACACGAGAGCUUGCUGAGCAGAUCGCCGCCGAGGCUAUGAGGGUUGCUGCCGGCACCGGACUCAAGGUGCAGACUGCGGUUGGUGGUACACAAAAGAGACUGGGUUUGCAGAAGAUCCAGCGUAUGGGCUGCCACCUGCUGGUCGGCACACCCGGCCGUAUCAAGGAUAUCUUUUCUGACCCUUCGAGCGGUGUCUCUGCUCCCCGCCUGAACACCCUGAUUCUGGACGAGGCUGAUCGUCUCCUGGAUCAGGGCUUCGCUCCCGAGGUCCAAGCCAUCCAGGAUCUCCUUCCAGAUCCCUUCAAGGUAAACCGCCAGACGGUCAUGUUUUCUGCCACUGUUCCCAAGGAGGUGAUGCACAUGGUCAAGCGUACUAUGAAGCCGGACUUCAAGUUCGUGAAGACUGUCCGUGACGAUGAGGUCCCCACUCACUUCCGUGUCCCCCAAAAGACUGUUUUUCUACGUGGUUAUGAAAAUGCUUUGCCCGCGGUUCUUGAGCUCGCCAAGAGCUACCAGGUCAAGCAGCAAGCCGACCCUUCUCUGCGCCCAUUCAAGGCGAUUGUUUAUUUCAACUCGACUGCUGAGGUCAACCUUGCGGCUGAGGCUUUCAACCAGCUCAAGGCUGAGCCUACUGAGAGCCGGAGCCAGAAACUCUUGGGUCGCAUGCGCUUGCUGGAGAUCCAUGCCCGUCUCAGUCAGAGCCAGCGUACCAACAGCGCCAACACCUUCCGUAAGAGCCCCGAGGCCAUCCUCUUCUCUUCCGAUGUGACCGCUCGUGGUAUGGAUUUCCCUGAAGUCACCCACGUAAUUCAAGUCGGUGUUCCUCGCGACCGAGAGACAUACAUUCACCGUCUUGGUCGUACCGCCCGCGCCAACAAGACCGGUGAGGGCUGGAUGUUCCUCCAUGACGGUGAGAAUGACUAUUUCAGCGACCGCCUGGGGGAUCUCCCCAUCAUUGAGGACACCCAGUCUCUCCCCACCGCCAUGGCGGACAUGUCCAAAGGCCUCGAGAACCUCUCUCCUGCUACUGCCUUGACCAUCAGCCAGAUGAAGGCCGCUGUCGAGGGGGUAUCUCCCAUCACCCGUGAGAACACAUAUCGCUCCCAGCUGGGCACCCUGCUGCAAAGCUUUGCCAGCAAGCGUCACGCUAUCCGCAUCCUCAAUGGCCUUGCCCUCCACGGCUACGGUCUCCCUGAGCCCCCAGCCGUCAGCCCCAACAUUGCCCGCAACCUUGGUAUUUCCAAGAUCCCCGAGUUGGUGAUUGGCCACUCACAACAGCGCCAUGUUGGCCUUGGCCAGGGCUCCUCAUCGACUGAUCGUGUCUUCGGUGGCCGUCGCAACUCCGACCGAUCCUCUGGUGGUAGCUGGGCCCGUAAUUCCGAUCGUGGCUCCAGCCGUGGGUUCAAUGAUCGCGGUGGCAUGCCCCGUCGUAGCUUUGACCGCGACAACGAUCGCGGCGACCGCUCCUUCGGCCGUGGACGUUCCUCCGGUGGUCGCGAGCGCUCCUUCGGUGGUCGUGAGCGUUCCUCUGGCUUCGACAGCCGCUCUCCCUUCUGA